AUGCCACAACCCACGAGUCUUAAUCACCCCAUCAAUCAGCCACUUGACACUGUCGCGCGAUCCCCAGGUUUCACCACGCCUAUUCCCACCACACACACAACAGCAGAUGUGAUCACGAAAAUCGAGACCUUGUUAGGGCGGGUUCUCGAUGAUAUCGCCAACAAGAAUGAGCUCUGCAUCGAUGUGGUAGCAGAAUCAAGGUCAUCAAGUGCGAUCAAGUUCGCUCAAAUCAUCCUCAUCUUGCAAUUAUCGCACGACGCGCACGUGGCCAACGAGAUUUUGACCAAGAGGCACAUCUACUACCAACACCAGGAGUUGUUCGGAACACAGAGAAGGGCCGAUGACCUGGUGGACCGCUUAGCAUUGACGUUGGGGAGUAGCCGUGAUGACCUUCACAUAGUCGCAGCCUCGAAAGGCCUGGUAGCCGGGGCACUGAAGGUGACUUUGCAGGAUGAGAGCAUUGUUGAUGCAUCCGUACCCGAGACUGGCGUGAUCAUACCCCCAGCGAGGACGAUACAGCGGCUGGAUACCAGCACACUCAGGUGGGUUCUGGUAGUCGAGAAGGACGCCGUAUUCCGAUCGCUAUGCUCUUCGCGGUAUUGGCAGACGUCGCUGUGCGGAAAUGGAUUGCUUGUGACGGCAAAGGGGUAUCCAGACGAUCUCACCUGCGCUUUCCUACGACUACUGCUCGACAAAGAUCAACGACUGCCAAUGAUGGUACUUGUAGACUUUGACCCUGACGGCGUCAACAUCUUUCGGUGCUACAAGUACGGUUCCUCGCGACAGAACUCGCUUGGGGCAACAGGCGUCCACUGGCUUGGCAUCAAGAGUCGACACAUAUUGAAUCUAAGGGGAGCGGCUUCUCCCCGCAGCCAACAAAACGCAAUGCCAUCCACGGCCAUCACGUCCACGAAUUGUGCGGAUCCUGUCGCCUAUCUGACCUUUAGAGAUCGAAGGCUUGCAAAAGGGACUUUGGGACGGCUUGACACACCUGGUGAUGAUGAUCCACAAGCGUUUGAGCUAAGGAAAGAACUCCAAGUCAUGCUCAUGCUUGGAACAAAGGCGGAAAUUGAAUGGCUUGAUGAGGCAGGGAAUCUGGCAACCUGGCUGGACACGGAAAUUGCCCAGUUCUUACAUGGUAAUGUUGUUCAUCCGUAG